AUGGUUAAUACAACUCCGAUUAAUAUUGAUAGAUGGUUAGAAGAAAAUCCAGAAUUGUUAGCUCCACCGGUUUCUAACUACUGUCUACACAUGGAUGGUUUUACAGUAAUGUUAAUUGGUGGUCCAAAUGAUAGAACAGACUUUCAUAUAAACCCUACACCAGAAUGGUUCUAUCAAAAGAAAGGGACUAUGCAUCUAAGGAUUCGUGAUCCAGAUGAUGAUCAAUUUAAGACUGUAAUUAUUAAUGAAAACGAUUCUUACUUGUUGCCUGCAAAUGUACCACAUGCGCCAAUUAGAUUUAAGGAUACCAUUGGAAUUGUUGUUGAAUUGGAAAAUCGUGGUGAGAACCGUGAAGAUUCAAUGUUAUGGUAUUGUAAGAAUUGUAAUGAGAUAUUGUACAAGAAGUCGUUUAUUAUGAAAGAUUUAGGUAGUCAGGUUAAAGAACAAAUUGAUUUGUUUAAAAGUAACGCAACUUUAAGAACCUGCGGUAAAUGCGGUACAAUUAACUAG